GACCGAUGCGAUUCCUACAUCGCGGUGUACACGCCGCCAGAACGGUCUGAAGUCGGAGACGUCACCACCAUACGCGUGCAAGGCCUGAUAUCGCCUCGUUUUGUGAAGUCCGUCAUCGACACUGUAUGUUCUCCAAAUGCCCCGAACGUCAAGUUUGUGGCCGUCACGGCAUCGUGCAUCCCCACUUCUCCCGUCACAUAUCUUCCAGACCGCGGUUCUCAAGGCCCACCACCGCGGCUUCCACGAGCGGAUUCAACGCACACAUGGACGAUCAUCCACCAACACGAACCUGGGGAGCCUGGUGCGAGCGGCUCGUGGGCCAUGGCUGAAAGUGUCGGGAGGUGGGACAAACGAUGGGGAUAA